GAGGUUGACCAGGAACACAUCCACCAAAAGAUUCAAAACUAGGCCUCACUUAGUUAGAGCAUUCUACCGCACUCUCCAAAUGUACUUAUAUUGGAAGCUUCUAUAUGCUGUGCCCUGCUACAUUGACAUGGCCAGGGUAUCGCCGCACUUGAUGGCCUCAUCUAUCGUAUCCUAUCGUGUGGGCAUUUAUCGGGUUGGUGACUCAGGCUGGCCUAUCUUCACGCUGUCGGCACUACUAGCAAUAACCGCUCAGGACAUUUCCGCUCAUAUCAUGAUAAUAGUCAUGGCACUCAUCUAAUCACUCUCUCCUUUCAAACCAUACUAUCGCCUAGGACACCAUGGGCUCAUCGCGCAACGAUAGCAUCGAGUCCAAUUCCGAAAAGCAGACUGUCUUGGGUCCGAGAGAACGAACGCGCAUUCUGCGCAAAAUCGAUUGGCACCUAUUACCUUUCAUGACUGCAUUUUACCUCUUUUCAUUUUUAGACCGGGCCAAUAUUGUAAGAUCAUCACCAGGAAAUGCUAAGGUUGCUGGCAUGGCCACAAACCUUCACUUGACCGGUUUCAGGUACAACAUUGCUGCAGCUGUCUUUUUUAUCCCGUACACCUUUGCUGAGGUCCCUUCGAACAUUGUGCUCAAGCUCUUAAGGCCAUCGCGCUGGAUACCGUCUCUCAUGGUCACGUGGGGUGUUGUGUCGACCCUUAUGUGCCUCGUCAAAUCAUACCAAUCUCUCGUUGUGGCUCGAACGUUCCUCGGUUUGACCGAAGCAGGAUUGUUUCCCGGAAUAAAUUACUACAUCUGCCUUUGGUAUCCACGUUCUGAACGGUCCAAACGCAUCGCUAUAUUCUUCUCUUCAGCAUCAGUCGCAGGCGCCUUCGGCGGGCUUCUUGCGUAUGGUAUUGAGCGGAUGGAAGGGAUCGGAGGAUUGCAUGGUUGGCAAUGGAUUUUCUGCUUGGAAGGCAUCGCUACUGUUCUCGUCGCAAUUUUCUCCUUUUUCCAUAUGCAUGAUUAUCCUGAAACGGCCAAUUUUUUAACCGAGCCAGAGAGAUCACACAUCAUAGAUGUGCUCAAGCAGGAUUCGAACCAUCUUUCCUCUCGCUUCGACACCCAAUUCAUCUGGCAAGCCAUAAAGGAUUACAAGACUUACGUCCUGAGUCUCAUUCAUAUAGGGUACUCGGUCCCCCUAUCAUAUCAUGCAUCACCUGAACUGAUCAUCAGGUUGCUCGUCCCCGGUUAUGCCAUUGCCCUCUUUUCGCCAACUAUCAUUAACGAGCUUGGCUACUCUGCUGCUAAUGCUCAGCUACUCUCAGUCCCACCAUUUGUUGCUGGUUGUAUUGCAACGAUCAUAGUUGGCAUCUAUUCCGACAAGCACAAUCUUCGUGGCCCGUACAUCAUCGGCGGCGCGCUUGUUUCCCUCGUAGGAUACAUCUUGCUAUACUGCAGCGUACGAGCGGGUCCUUCGUACGUGGGAGCUUGUCUUGCCGCUGCGGGAUAUUAUCCAACCAUCCCGAUUGUUCUGGCUUGGGCAGGCUCGAAUGCAGGAGGGGACUUAAAGCGUGGAGUUGUACUAGCAAUGAUCGGGCUUGGUAAUCUUGGGGGUAUUUGCUCCUCCUUCAUUUAUAUUGAUCCGCCACGUUUCCGCAUCGGGCACGGCACCGUCAUUGGAUUCCUUUCUCUUGCAAUCGUAAUGAGUUUCUUCGCUAUGUGGGACUAUAAUCGGCUGAACAAAAACAAAGAAGCACAGUGUCUGGCGGGAAAUAUUGGUGAAGAUAAAGGAUACGAAUUCGAGGACAUGGGCGAUGCCAGUCCGCUUUUCAGUGUUUUUCGACCGCACUUUGGGAAUAACAUAUUUGCCGAUGUCAGCUGA